AUGUCUGUUACGAGUGACAAAGGUAUUAGCAGAAAAAAAACACAAAAGCCAAAUAUUCUACGCAGGAAUCCCAAAGCCAUAUUAAGAACAACAAAGGUCGGAAUAGAUACAGAAUCAAAAUCUACAGAUGUAUUUAAUUUUCUAUUAGAAAAUAACCAAAAACUUCCUACAUUAGGAGAUAGUCAAGUUUAUAUGAAAUCUAGUAAAUCACAUCACGCAAAUGCCGAGCUUAUAAGCAGUAAUUAUACUACAAAGGAUUCAGAGAAAAAUUUACUCUUAACAACUAUAGAUUCUGAGGAGGUUGGAGCCUCAAUAAACAUUGAUUCUUUCCUUAUUAACAAUACUGGAAAACAGAAUGUUCAGCUUGUUACGAGUAUAAAGGAAAACGUUGAUGGUCCAGAGGCUAAGGCAGAUAAAUUAUGUUUCACAUUUAUUGAUGAUUCUAACACUCUUAUAGUUGACAACUACAAUCCUGAUGGGUACCUAUACAUGGACAAAGGUAGUACAGUUAAUACCAUGGUCCCACUUUCUGCAGUCUCAGAUAUGCAAGAAGAAUCAAGAAUGCCAACAUUACUCAACAAUAAUGCAUCCCAAGAGGUCUCUUUUGAUGAUCUUACCCAUAUAUCUAUGCGGUAUAAGUGUGAUGAACUCAACUGUAAAAAGGAGUUCACAAGUGAAGAGAAAUUAAUAAAACACAAGAAUACUCAUAGGAAAGUGGUAAGGCACACGGCAUUUGAGUGUCCUGUUAAGAAAACUGAUUUUACUGACGCCAAAGUUAACUGUGAGAGGGUGUUUGAUACAAAGGAAGAACUUUUGAAACAUUUGAAUGAGGACCACACAAUUAAUGAUGCGGCCUUUGAAUGUGACGUAUGCGAGAGGCGUUUCUUCUGGGCGCCAGGUCUGCGCGCUCAUAAACGUGCGCACGCGGCGCCAAUGUCUUUCUCCUGUUCGUGGCCGGGCUGUGGACGUGUGUUCCGGCAUCCGUGCCGCUUGCGAGAGCAUAAUCGCGCCCACACUGGGGCGAAGCCCUAUCACUGCACGUAUCCGAACUGUGGCUGGUCGUUCCGCACUGCCAGCAAGCUGCUGCGUCACUCGCGACGGCACACGGGCGACAGGCGGCACCCCUGCACCACUUGCGGUCGGGCUUUUCUGCGAGGGGAACAUCUCAGGGACCACUACGCAAGACAGCACGCAUCUAUAGAUCAGUCAAAUGAUGGCACCGCUACGGAAAAUACUCAAACGAAAACUCCGCAGGCAGCUUUAACAGAGAAUCAAAAGCCAACGAAGAAACCAAUAAGGACUACGAAAAAGACACAAAACAAGGAAGACUCAAAUAGGAAACAUGUGGAUGGAAGCCGCCGAGUUCUGAAACAUAGUCAAAAAUUUAUGGUGGAGUUAUGGGAAGGCAGUGCGACAUUACAACUAUUAGAUGAGAAGGAAACGAGUGACGUCGGGGUACUUUCGAAAAUAGACAGUGACGUACUUGGGACAGAGAUGGACGUGAGCCACAAGGUCUUGGAAAGUGAGGAAUUAACGGAAGUAGUGGGAGGGGAGGAGAGUCAAUCUGCGCGCACGCAUUGCACCUGGCCGCUGCAAAAGGCGGAUUACAAUCCGCCUGUAGAAGAUUAUGUGAUAGAGGAAGACUAUACUGAGGUAGAACAGCUAGAAGGCAACGAGAACAACGUCUUUACCGUACGAAGCGACCUAUUUUUGCACGGCAGCGUCUUUCACAAUGAGGAUAGCGAACAAAUGUGCAGCGCAGUGCGAGUUUGUGGCUCGGAUCGGACUCUCGAUACCGAGCUCAUGCUGGAUGCACCCUCGGUUCAUCUUGCUCAGGAGGAGCUUUACUCUGAUGCUGUAGACGAGUCUUCGUUCCGGGUCUUCCUUAUGAGCGGUGAGGAGUUGACUUGA